AGCCUGCGAAGUGAAGAUGUGGGGCCUUCCGCAGCAAAAGCUACUGCUGUAGCGCACUCACAGCCCGUUAAGAGGCCUUCCAAGAGGAUAGCUACAGAACCUGCCCCAGGCAUCUGUCAAAAGUUGCAGGAAAUCCAGAAAGGUAACCAAUCACCAAAUGCAUUUGAUUUGCAAAGGAAACAUUUUGAAAAUAUCAAAGAUAAUUGGCGUGAAAAUGAGAUCAAUAACAAAGUUCAGUUGGAAAGGCAGAGGGAAAUGGAGCUGCUGAUGAACAGAUUCAAGAAGCCAGUUCGUACUCAGGAGGAGACUAAAAAUACUUCAGCAACACAUCAGUCAACUAUGCGUGAGAGAUUAAGGGACCCAGAGGAGUCUGAGACUGAGUAUGCAGAGAGUGAAAAUUCCUAUGCUGAUUCCACAACAUCAGAAGACACUUGUGUCACGUCAGCACCAGCAGGACCUCCCAAGCCUCCCCGACUAUACCUAGAGUCCUCAUCCUCAGCCUCCUCUGGAGCCAUCACAUCCCCUCCUGUUCCUGUUUCUCCUGCCAAAGAAAUCCCUGGGGGGUAUCACUACUCUCCACCCACCAGGCUUAACUCAACUGAGAUUGAAGAGGUGUCUCCAAAGAAGGAAUUUGUUCCACGGAUCAAGCCAGGCUGCCUUUUCCCAUCAUUGUCAGAUAUUGAGUCUCAGUCAGAAGCUGUGGAUAGCCAAGAUGAAGAUGAUAUUGCUGAUUCCAGCUUUGCUGAGAGUAUCUUGACCUGCACUUCCAUGGAGAGCCUUGGACAGAAGAUACAGCAGGCUGCACACACUGGCAUCACCAAACAGUUGUCUACUAUUGCAGAAAGGACAGAAAUAAACAACUCACAUUUUGACUAUGAGACUGGAAUGUCAGCAAGCACAAUGGAAGCAGUUGCUGCCAUUGAUGAUGCUAUAGAUGAAGCCCUAGAUGAUGAGCCAACACCCCCUAAGAGGCAGUGUCCACAAGAGGAAAUAGUUAUUAGUACUUACAAAACCCCGAAGCUGAAUCAUAACUCCCCAAGCAAGAUUGAGGACAGUGGAAAUACCCUUGCUCACAGCUUAUCCAUGUAUCGCAAACAGAAACCAGAAGUGACGUACACACCAGUGAGGCAAAUAGUUCGUCGUCCUGAUUUGAGGUCUCCAACACCAGAGCCAGCAGUGAGUCCUUCUGUCACUGUUAGUGCACGAAUCAGGGAACUCCAGGAGGAGGUGGAAGAACAGCAGCGUGUAAUAUCACAGGCAUCCAAUGCCAUCACAGUGGUACUGCAACGUGUGGAACAGCAAGGUACUCCACAGCAUGUUGAGGCCGAGAAGCUGCUGCUGUUAGCUAGUCAGAAAAGGCAGACUGCUCUCAAUGAGAUCCAGAGAUUGAAGACUGAGGGUGCCUUGGCUCAGCGCAGUUGGCCAGGGGAUGAGGAUUGCUGCCAGGGCUCCAUCAGCAUAUCCAGGAUAUCAGUACCUCUCAAGCAGGACUUCAUCAAGAAGGGAAUCAAUGGUGACACCAUUUAUCAUCUGAUGGUCCUUGUGAAACACCGGGAUCAGGUCAUAUCCUCGCAGCUGCUGACAACACCUGAGUGUGUGGUUGAUGGUGCUGUCACCUUCCCAAAUCUGAUGUCUCUGCAUCAUCUUACUUCUGACUUCAACAUUGCACUGGAAGUCUAUGCCCUGAGCACAAUUCAUCACCGGAACCUUAGCAUAAAAAAGGAGCAAAGCCGCAUGAAGCUAACCCCAUUGAAGAGGUUGCAGAAGAAUGACUCACGUGUGGCAUCCCCCUCUGUGCAGUCUCCUGGCGGCCCGUUUGCUGUUCGUAGCUCCUCUUUCCAGCUUGUUGGCUUCACUCACUUGAACAUUUCUACUCUCACCAGGAAUGCUUGGACACUUGAAAAGGUCCCUUUUUCCUCCCCAUUGGAUGGCCAUCUGCUGAUGAACGUGAGUUGUAGCUUUGAGGGAGGCAUCACAGAGAGAGGUUUCCUCACAAUGUUUGAGGAUGUUGGGGGCUUUGGUGCUUGGAACAGAAGGUGGUGUGUCCUCAGUGGAAUGCACCUUCGGUACUGGAGAUAUCCAGAUGAUGAGACCAAGAAGGAUGCCAUUGGACAGAUUGACCUCCGUAGAUGCACAACACGGCGUGUAGAGCUUGUGGCUAGGGAUGUCUGUGCCCGUCAGCAUACCUUCCAGUUGACCUGCAUGCGUCCUGCAUACAGUGGGGAUAUUAAUAACCUUGUGCAAGAGAUUCAUGGUUCUGCUCUUGUUAGCAAGUUGCUCUUGUCUGCAGACAGCAAGGAAGAAAGAAUACUGUGGUGCAACAAACUUAACAAGGCUUUGGCUAACAUCAGGGCUUGGGAUCCUGAUGCUCUUAGGCCAGAGGAUUACCAAGUAUAAUAGCCACAUCACUUUAAGGAUAUUUGCAGCUUGAAUAACAAAAGUUUGCUUUUGAGAAAUUAACACAAAUCUCUUAGGCCAAAUGAUUAAAUUUAGAACAGCAGGCACUUAUUUGCCUUUUAGUUUUCAGACAGGAAAGUGAGUGCUUUGCCAAAUUUGUAGAUGUUUAUAUAAAACUGGUUGCCUGAAAAUGAUAGGAAACAAAUUAAUUUAUGAUGGAAUAUAUAUAUAUUGUAUAGCAAAGAUGCUUUUUAUGAACAUACUUCUUUUCUUCAUAUGCUUUAUUACAAUGAUUUUCUUUUAUUGUAGUGGGAUUUAUUUAUACUUUAAUAUUAUGUAGUAUAUGUUACUAAUCACUUGUCAUAUAUCAGUUUCUGAAUAAUGGCAAAUUAUCCAAAGGAAUAUUUGUUGGACACAUCUGUGCUUGCAUUUAAUCUGUGAAAAUGAGCAGAUUGAAUCAGAUAUUGUUCUUUUGUCUCUGUAACUGAAAUGCAGUACUUGAUUUUACAAAGUAAUUCAUACCUCACUCCUCCCUAGCCAUACAGUUUGAUGACAUUGUUGAUUACAUAGAGGCAGUACAGUAUCUAGUUUAUACUUUUGGGGGACAGGAUUUUGAAUUUGUUGAGAGAUUUCUAUAUAACCUUAUAAACUAGAUAUUUUUUCAUAUGAGUGCUGAUCGAUAUAUUGAAGAUUACAUGUGGAUAACUUUCCUUCAGUUUAUUUAUAACAUCUUAGUAGGUUGAGAAUAUCCCUUAUACAGUCUGUCAUAUUGUAAUAAAACUAGUAAAAA